AGCCAUUUUAGCUCAAGCCAUUUGCUCUUCAGCCGCCGAGCAGCCCUCCGACUCAGAAGCGUGCGUCCGAUCCCGCUUCGGGCCUGUGCGCCGCCAGUCUCACCCGCGACCGGAGCGGGCGAGGCUCCCCGAUGACUCAGGACGCGGCCGAGACGCGCCGGCUGAUUUCGGGGAAGGAGGAGGAGCACCCCGCGACCGAGCCCGACGGGGGCGAGCACCCCGCUCGCUCGCGCGACUUUGCUGGCGCGAUCGUCAACAACGUCCGGCUGGUUCGGCAGGACUUCGAGCCGCAUCCCUUCCCCGACAGCUUCUUCAAGAGGCCCGUGGUGGUCGCCUUCGUCGUGCUAUAUGCGAUCACUGGCGUCGGGGUCCCCCUUUACCUUUUUCGCAGCCACUACGAUGACCUGCGCGUCAGCGGGGACGCUCAUUCGAUCUUUGAGGAUGAUUGGCAUAAGCAUCGGGUCGCCAAGGCAUACCUUUGCUUUAUCCCAGCGACUCUGUUAGCCAUCCCGGUGUUCUCGCCCUCACUGGCGACGGCGUCAGUUAUGCCGUAUUUGUUAAUCGUAGUUUUCGCUGUCAAGGAGGCCGUCGAUGAGGUGGUCAAAGACGACUUCAAGCAUUUCUUGAUUCGCGCGCUCAGCAAUCUCCUCGCCACCCUUUGCGCCCUGUCCUAUCUGCGCUUCAUGGAUUACCUGGAUCACAUCGUCCACCAGAUUAUGGUGUGCGAGCAUUCUCUUCUUGAGGAGAAGCCUGUCAAGAAGAUGAGGAGUAUCCUCCACAGCGUUGGCCUUACCCGUACUGGCAACCCCACGGCGGACAAGUUCAUGGCAGCGAGCACACAUAAUCGUGGCAUCGCAGACGUGGUCUAUGAGAAAGUCUGGCACCCGCUCAGGAUCGGCUCCAAUCUUGUUGCUGUCGUUUCGUACAUAUCUUACACCCUCGUCUGCGAGUAUGCGGGUGCGGUGCUGGUGGGCGGAGUCGUGUACUACUUGGUGACAGCGACGUGCUUAGGCUACAAAUUCUGGGAUCAAGCCGUAACGCUGAUCAAGAUUUGGACGCACAAGCCCUUCUUCGUCGGAGACUUGGUGACCAUCAAACGGAUGGGCCGAAGCGCAGAUGCUGGCAUCGAUGGCUUCGUUGAGCACGUCACACUCAGCUAUGUGCUGAUCAGGACCUUCGACAAUAAGCAGACAUACCUGCCACUCUGCGAACUGAUGGAUUCUAUGAUCCAGAACUGGUCCCGGCGGCCGACUAAGCCGUUGCUGAUGAAUUUCACGGCCAGCCCAUCUUCGAACCCAGAGAAAGUCAACGAGCUCGUUAGUUUCGCCAAGCGCUGGAUCGACGAAAGCCAGAAUGUCCUCCAGAGUGGGUACAAGAAGUGCUGCUUGAGCGGCUUUUCGCAUGGCUUCGAAAUCAAAGUCAUCUGUUCACCUGGUAUCGGCAAGAAGAAGAGAGAGCUUCAGCAAUCAUUCAUCUUGGCAGUCACAGCGCAGGCGGAGAAGCUAAAUGUGACCCUUGCCUCCGAGGACGCGGCCUCCGUGUUUCUGCCAGACGAGAUGAUUUCAAACAAGUCGCAGUGAGUUUCGGCCAGAAGCCGUUCCAAAGACGGACUGAGUUCGAAGAGUACAAAGUUACUCCAACUAAUGUUUGCAGUGCGCAGGUAGUCGGAAGCGGGAGGAAUACCAUACUUAGCGCAGGCGGGCCUUCUUAUACGUGGGCCUCGUUCUCAGAUGACCUUCAAGGGGUUGAUGGGGUAUGAAAUGCUUCAACUCAACAGGCACCAUUUCUCGGUAAGUCCAGGGCAGCACAGGCUCCACUGCAGUUAAUUCAGGCGUUGCGCCUCACGAGCUGGCCUGGAGUGCCUGCUACCGGCAGGACUUCCUGCAUACAUGUCGUUCUCGUGGCGUUCACCCUCCACCUGAUUUUCCUCCUCUGGCACAUCCUCGCCCUCCAACUCGUGACGCGCCGUUUUCUCUUCCAGCUUCUGUUGAACCGACGCCACAGCGGGAGUUCACGAGCAUUUAUAAUUUUUUUGGGGAGAAAGGUGGAACGGUUUUCUGAGCCAUUCGGACCUGGACUUUUUCAGAACCGAUGCAGCACCCGCGAGUUCCGCUUGACUUUGACUGGGCAGAUGGAGCAUCGCACAGCUGGCACCAUUGAACACAAUAGUGCACUCAAUAGAUGUUGCUUUCAUUUAGAGGCUUGAGCAGCCUCUCAGACACGACCUGCUUUCGGAUCCAGCCAGGACUCCAAGCUUUCAGAGCAGAUUGGUGGUAGGCGCCCGAAUCAACAUAUGACGUGUAGUUUUCGCGCUUGCAGCUCGCUCAAGGGAGACCAAGGAUGAUAGGAUGAUGAAAGCGACCUUCCUGUGGUUCGAAAAAAUCAUCAUCAUCGUCGCCGUCGUCGUCGGCC